CCAAUUUUUUUUCUCUCUUUCGCUGAUCGGACUGAUCGACCAGUGCGCGCUUGGACCAAGGGACCUGAUGGCGUCGACUUCGAUGGCCAAGCUCGGCCGCGAGCUCAUCGCCUACACCUUGAGUCCCCCUGCCGAGGCAUCUGCCUCGUCUUCGGCGCCUUCGUACGCAUCCAUCGUGACGCUGUCGCACCCCACGCCGUCAGCGCCCGUCGCGUCGUUGCGUGGUGUGACACCGUUUCCCAGCUCGCUGUCGCUCAUCAGCUCGCCGCUCCGUCCUAGCUGCCUCACUGUGCACUCGGACGCCAAGAAGGGACAGAUCUAUGUCCAUGAGCCUCGCGUGUCGGGACCGUCGACGACGACUACUACGACGCUGUCCCAUCACCUGCACCCGCCCGAGCCCACGCCCUGCAUCGCCGUCUCACCGACAGGCGCCUAUCUUGCCGCUGGCUCCACCUCGGGGAAGCUCUACCUCUGGGAACUUGCCUCAGGCAGUCUCGUCUGCGCUCUUGAUGCCCACUUCCGCCAGGUGACGUGCCUCAGUUUUACUCUCGACGGACUCGGCCUUGUCUCGGCCUCGACAGACGCCCGCAUCCUCGUCUACUCCCUCGCCGCUCUCGUUUCCUCGGCUUCGUCCGAGGCUGGCAAAGCCCCCUAUGCCGUCUUUGCCGACCAUACACAAUCCAUCACGGCGCUCUCCUGCUCCUCGUACAGCGCUGCCGCCGCCGCGGAGUCGUUUCCUUCGUCGACGCGCAUCCUCUCGGCGAGCGAGGACGGAUGCGUAAAGCUGUGGGACGUUCGAAGCAGGAGGCUCGUUAGGACAUGGACGUUUAGCGGGUCGGGCGGCAGGCCAGUCACACACCUUGCCGUCGAGUCUGGCGCGAGGGCCUUCUUUGUGGUCCUGGGAGAUGCAGGGCAGGACGAUGUCAUGGACGAAGACGACGACGACGACAAGGGUGGAGAGGAUGCCAUGGGUGCCCGGGGCGAUGCGGUCAAAAGGGUAGACAUGUAUGCGCCGUCGGGUCAGGGUGGCGGCGAAUCAAGCGACCAGACCGUCGUCAAGGGUGCUGCCCUCUACCGGACGGGGGACAAAUCGACGCGCAUCACCUCGCUUGCUCUGUCGACAUCGUCAACACACCUCCUCAUCGGCACUUCCCGCUCCGCGCUCGUGGUUCUCGAUGUAGCGUCGCAAAACAUCAUCCGGUCCCUCUCGCUGCUGCCCCAGGGCGCAGGCGCGGGCGCAUCCAAGGCCUCUUCUUCACAGCUGUCCGUCUCGAGCCUGGUGCCAUUCGUGGCGUUUGAGAGCCCGUCAAGCCCCAUGUUGAGUGGUUGGGACGUCUGCUCGAGGCUGGCAAGGCAAGAGACGUCUCACGAGGACGACGUGGUCCCCAUGAGGCUCGCCCAGAUCGAUGUGACUUCGCUUGCCGCACAGCUCUGCCCGCCCUCUUUGGCUGCGGACCCAUCGUCGACGAUGAUGACGACGACAAUGGGAGACACAGCGGCGGGCGCGAGUGUCGCAGCGACAGAGCGCAGCAGCGCAGGCUCCGAAGUAGAGAAGCUGCAGAGGGAGAACGAGGAGUUGAAGCGACUCGUCAAGCGGGCCCAUGCGGCCAACGAGGCAAUGUGGACAAAGGUCGUCCAGGGUGCAGUCAAGGGCGUCACCGCCACAUCCUCGUCCUCGUCGUCUUAGACUCAAAGAUGUCCUUCAUCCCAAAACUAUCAGCAACACUGUAUUUGUAUACGCUUUCCGCAAUAGAUUAAGGUCAUGGAGAGAAGAGGGACAGAGGUGCACA